UUGUAGUAAACAGUAGUAAACACAGUCGUCAGUCUAUAAAAAGGGUUUUUUGCUUCACUGUCUAUUGCAUUUCCAAAGUCCAGCAGCAGAUUUAUUUGUAACUGAAUCCUGCAUAACUGUACUACAACUAAUCUCAAGCAUGGAGAAUAGUGAUUUCACCAUGGAUCAACACUCAGGCUCUGGUUCUAGCUCUCCCACAUUGAAUUCGUCUUCUCCAAGCUCUGAUGUCUCUGAAUUCAAGACCUGCUUUGGUUGUCAACAGCCGAUUAUUGAUGAGAUUCGCUUGAGAGUGGCCCCAGAUCUCGAGUGGCACGCAGCGUGUCUCGUGUGUGCAGAGUGUCAACUGUUACUGGACGAAAACUGUACCUGUUUCAUCAAGAACGAGAAGACGUAUUGUAAGAAGGAUUACGUCAAGUUGUUUGGUGUUUCCUGCUCUGCCUGCCGACAACCAAUCAACAAAACCGAUUACAUCAUGAGAGCUCGAGAUCAGGUAUACCAUUCAAAGUGCUUCUCGUGCUUCAAGUGUGAUGUCACGCUACCUCCUGGAGAGCAGUUUGGUUUCCACGAGGGCAGGCUUUACUGCAAGACAGAUUAUAACACGGCACAGCAGGACAAGCUCACCUCCAGUGAUCACUCAAGCAUUGAGAACGGAGACAACAAUCAGCGUCGAAUUCAACCAACCGGCAGUCGAACGACGAAACGUUCCAACUCAGAGAAGGGGCCUCGAGUUCGCACAGUGUUGUCAGAGCAGCAGCUGCAAACUCUCCGCACUGUGUACGGCACUAACCCACGUCCUGAUGCACUGUUGAAGGAACACCUGGUGGAGAUCACUGGCCUGAGCCCGAGGGUCAUCAGGGUGUGGUUUCAGAACAAGAGAUGCAAGGAUAAGAAGAAGAUGAUUCAUGCUCAAGAGCAGGCCCGACAGCAAGCUAUUCACGGAGGCCCCACUAACAUCCCACCCCUCACUCCUCAGACUCCACUGACUCCGGACAGCAUCUCCCCACAUCACAGCAUGUCAGCUUUUACUUAUCCACCUUCCAACUAUGAACCUAUCUCAACCCAGCCGUCUGUGUCGCCCAUAGCAACCUACCAUCAGCAUAACCCAGCCUACAAUUCGCCUACAGAGACUCUGGCACAUUUCGACAUCAACGUGGACUACAGUUCUCAAAAUUUGACUCAGGUUGAACAUCACCAAACGUACGUCCAUGCAUCAGCUGGCAACUCCACUCAGGUCACACCCUACUUUUAAGCCACCCCCUCUGUCUAAUCACAUCCUUGCGUUUAGAAGUCAAAAACAUUUCGCAACUCGUUUCAAUUUUCAAACCGAACACACUAUAUUCAUACAACCUUCGUACACAUUUCAGUCGACAUUUUCACUUGUUCAUUAUAUCAUUUAACUACAGUAGACGAACUUUUAGUGCGCUUUUUUGUCAUCAAAAACGGUACCUGUAUCCUAUCACCGUGUGUCCAUACUGUAUACCUAAUGUGUUCAAUUCUGUCUUAUGUAUUGUACAGUGUGUCAGUUUGUGUG